UUUAAGUCACUUCCAGAAUUAUCAGUAUAUAUAGUAGCACAUGAGUAUGCAUGUACAUGCAUCAAAUUUGACAACCAAAACCCAUGGCGUAUCUAUCUACAACUCUCAAAGCGGUUUCUCCUUUUUCACCAGUUGUUAAAAAACAUAACCCCAAUAGUAAUAAUAAUAGUGCUUUGCUCGCUUAUCACACACCCAACCCUACAUCCAAACAAGGACGUUCCGUGAUUCACAAGGAACAGAUGUUCGUGGCUGUUCACGGUGUACCAGUUCUGGUUGAGAGUUCCUGGAGACUUCCCAUGUCGGAUGUUGUGGUGGUGAGAAAGAAGAGUGCAUUUUUGGAAAGGAGUUGGAAUUCUAGGGACGUGAGAAAGCUAGUCAGAGUCGUUGGGGUUCAUUUGCUAAGCCUCUUGGCUCCAUUUCACUUCAACUGGUCAGCCUUUAAGCUUUGCCUUUGGCUCAGUCUUCUGAUUAUUGGAAUCUGCAUCACCUUGUCUUAUCAUAGGAAUCUUUCUCACCGAAGUUUCAAUCUACCGAAAUGGCUUGAGUAUCUAUUUGCUUAUGGCGGCGUUCUGGCUUUUCAGGUUUCACUUUUAUGGUGUGCAGGGGGAGCCCCAAUUGAGUGGGUGAGCAACCAUCGGUACCAUCAUAAGCAUUGUGAUACACAACGUGACCCGCACAGCCCGACACAAGGGUUUUUUAGUCACAUGACUUGGAUAUUUGAUACCGGUUCUAUCUUCAACCAGUGUGGUGGAUAUGAGAAUGUAAAUGACCUUGCGAGGGAGCCCUUCUAUAGGUUUCUUCACCGAAUUCAUUUGCAUCUAAUGGCUUAUGCGCUUCUGCUCUAUUUAUGUGGAGGCAUGCCAUUCCUCGUUUGGGGAAUUGGUGUGGCAACCGUGGCUCUCCACACGACUUUUCUGGUGAACUCAGUUUGCCAUAUAUGGGGAACACGAGCUUGGAACACACCUGACUUCUCAGAAACAAUUGGUAUAAUUUCUAUUUUAACUCUUGGCGAGGGUUGGCAUAACAAUCAUCAUGCGUUCCAGUUCUCGCGGCAUGGACUCGAGUGGUGGUGGCAGCUCGACGUUAUGUAUCUCAUUAGGUUUCUCGAGGCUAUUGGUUUGGCCACUAACGUAAAGUUACCUACUGAAGCUCAAAAAAAAGAAUGGCUUUGA